ACUUCUGGAUUCUAACAGUGAGUUGUGAGAAGCAACGCGGAAAACGGAAUGGAGACUCCAGCUUGUUUUAAACGAGCUGUAUUACCCCGCACAGUGCAGGAGAAAAGAUAAUUGGCUCAGGUCUCGGCUCUGCCAUCUACCACCUGUGGAGCCUUAGAUAAGUCAGUUAAUAUCUCUGUCACUCAACGGUUUCGGUCUUGUCAUCUUUUACAUGGAAUGUCAUGAAAUAUACAGUACAUUGCAGGAACUGCCUCAGGAGCGGAGGGAAGAGGGGAGAGAAGGCACCGCUAAGGACCAGUGGCCCCGCCAGGCGGCCGACCUCCCCAUUCCAGGGGCGCCAGCCGGCGGAUUACAUAACGGGCCUCGGGGCGCACUCUCGCGAGGUUUCCACCGCCCCCUCCUCGCUCCACGUCAGAGGGAACCGGGCGGAGCGGCCAACAUGGCGGAACGCAGGAGACACAAGAAGCGGAUCCAGGAAGUUGGUGAACCAUCUAAAGAAGAGAAGGCUGUGGCCAAGUAUCUUCGAUUCAACUGUCCAACAAAGUCCACCAAUAUGAUGGGUCACCGGGUUGAUUAUUUUAUUGCUUCAAAAGCAGUGGACUGUCUUUUGGAUUCAAAGUGGGCAAAGGCCAAGAAAGGAGAGGAAGCUUUAUUUACAACCAGGGAGUCUGUGGUUGACUACUGCAACAGGCUUUUAAAGAAGCAGUUUUUUCACCGAGCCCUAAAAGUAAUGAAAAUGAAAUAUGAUAAAGACAUAAAGAAAGAAAAAGAUAAAGGAAAAGCUGAAAGUGGAAAAGAAGAAGAUAAAAAGAGCAAGAAAGAAAAUAUAAAGGAUGAGAAGACAAAAAAAGAAAAAGAGAAAAAAAAAGAUGGUGAAAAGGAAGAAUCCAAAAAGGAGGAAACUCCAGGAACUCCUAAAAAGAAGGAAACUAAGAAAAAAUUCAAACUUGAGCCACAUGAUGAUCAGGUUUUUCUGGAUGGAAAUGAGGUUUAUGUAUGGAUCUAUGACCCAGUUCACUUUAAAACAUUUGUCAUGGGAUUAAUUCUUGUGAUUGCAGUAAUAGCGGCCACCCUCUUCCCCCUUUGGCCAGCAGAAAUGAGAGUAGGUGUUUAUUACCUCAGUGUGGGUGCAGGCUGUUUUGUAGCCAGUAUUCUUCUCCUUGCUGUUGCUCGAUGCAUUCUAUUUCUCAUCAUUUGGCUCAUAACUGGAGGAAGGCACCACUUUUGGUUCUUGCCAAAUCUGACUGCUGAUGUGGGCUUCAUUGACUCCUUCAGGCCUCUGUACACACAUGAAUACAAAGGACCAAAAGCAGACUUAAAGAAAGAUGAGAAGUCUGAAACCAAAAAGCAACAGAAGUCCGACAGUGAGGAAAAGUCAGACAGUGAGAAAAAGGAAGAUGAGGAGGGGAAAGUAGGACCAGGAAAUCAUGGAACAGAAGGCUCGGGGGGAGAACGGCAUUCAGACACGGACAGUGACAGGAGGGAAGAUGAUCGAUCCCAGCACAGUAGUGGAAAUGGAAAUGAUUUUGAAAUGAUAACAAAAGAGGAACUGGAACAGCAAACAGAUGGGGAUUGUGAAGAGGAUGAGGAAGAGGAAAAUGAUGGAGAAACACCUAAAUCUUCACAUGAAAAAUCAUAAUCUGACUAAUUUUGGGACUCAAUGAAUAAGUACAAGAGGUUGGAUUUUCUAUGUUGGCUGAUUACCAUAUUGAACACAUGGCAUUUGUAGCAUUCUUUAAAUCUAUUUACUGAAAUGUAUUUGACAUUCAAGCAGUUAUAUUCAGUCCUUCAUUUUAUAGAAUAUUCGCACUAUUAUUGGUACAGUUUAAAGCCAUUAAUAUGUUUUAUCCAUUUGAUAAUUUUACAGUAAGUAGGUCUCAUUCAUUUUGACAGUUAUCAAAGAUGUACUUUCCACAGUUAAAUUUACAUUAAUGGCAAUUUUUGAUAGUUUUAUGGCUUUUUACUGUUAGACUAAUCAAAAAUAACUUUAAAAGGAACAAAGAAACUCCAACAUUUCACAUUAUGCAUAGUUAUAUAGCCAUUUCACAGUUUCUUUAAGAUGUGUAAACUCAUUGUCCUUGAUAGUUUUUAUUUUUCAUUAUAAAAUUAUACCAGGAGAUUUCUUUUAAGAUUCUGAGUUAGCAGAGUUCAAAACUAUUUUGUGGAAACAAGCCAACUAGUAACAAUGCAGCAACACUUCUGGUUUAGCUAAAUUAUUUUUCCAAUGUAGGAAAUCCACACUGCUUUGUACGUCUGACUCAGAGAAAGAUGGUCGUCUCCAGCAGAGAAAGUGAACAGCAUUUGUUGGAAGGUGAUGGCUCUCCCUCCUCCCUCCCCAUUUCAUUGGCGUAACGUAAAGUGUAUUCUGUACAUAAUUUACAAAUAAAACAUUUUAUUUUAAUUGUUACUUAUUAUUUAGAUAUUUCUCAACACUUAAAUUCAUAAAAUUAAGACCAUGUAAGGGUAUGUUUUUAGAGAAAUGGAAGUUUGAGUAACCCACAGAACAUCUGUGAUCUUUCUACAGCAGCUUCAGUUUUGUGCCAACAUUCCGUGUAUUUUGAAUAUGAGCAAAAACUGAUCUUUAUUAAAUAAGAGCAGACUUAAAGUAGCUUUGUACGCCUUAAUGUUCAUUUUGAUUUAUUUUAAAUCUUUACAUUCAGAAAUGAGAUACUGUAUUAUCAGACCAGGAGGCAUUGCUGUGAAAGAUAAUUUCCUAUUCUAAAAUAUCAAAUUUAAAAUAAAGAUAAUGAAAGAAAACAUAAGAGAACUAUUGGACUCUAAUUGCUUUGAACUAGUUUUGCAGUUUGACUUUACGUCUUAUACAUCUUAGUUACAAGUCUUUGGAAACUCUUGUUUACUUAUGAGCAUAAUCAUUCCUUGGAGUUAUAUAAACUAAUAAUGAAUAUUAAAUGAUUUUUCUUCAGUCACAGUGAGAGCAUCUUGCUUUGUGGUUGAAAUAGGUAGUGUAUGUCAGUCUUUGCUUUAGGCUGUUUCUCAUCUAAGUGUUUGAAUUAAAGAUGUUAAAUUUUUCUAAUUGUGAAAAAUAUGUUUUCUGUAUCGACACAUUUUAUUAAACUUGGCUUGAUUGCUUCUUUAUAGUAGUCCCUGUAAGUGGACAUAAAUGUGGCUAUUUGAUGUUAAUGCAACUAUGUCAAGGCUGCAAUCACUUUAAGAGUUUCUUUUUAGCAAAUGUUCAUUGAUGAAGUGCCUGGGUAUUUUCCCCUCCCAUUUGCAGAGCUCUACUACUUCAUUUCCACAGUAAGCAUAUAUAUAAUGAUCACUUCUGAGUUUAUCACCAGUAACAUUGAUACCUAUUUUGGGGUAUAAACAUGGUGUUUUUCAGAAAUAAAAAUGAUUUCAUUAACCUUUACUAUUACUGUGAUAAUACCCAGGCACUCAAUAUUCAUCCUGAAAUUUUUUAUAAUAUGUAAUUUGUCUAGUCUUAAAGACAUUUGGAGCAUGGCCAACAGGAAGGUCAGCUUCUUACUGAUGUGUGUGGAUUCUUACAGAAUGUUAGUACAAAUUUUUAUAAAUAUUUGGUGAUCCCUGGGGGGAAAUAUCAUUCUUACUAUGGUUAGAAAGUGAAUUAGAAAUUUCAGCUCAGUUUCUAUUUUACUAUUCAAGUUGUGUACUUUAAACAAAUAUAAAAAUCAAAAGGCUGCCUCUAUUACAAUCCUCAGUGGAAUAGAUGGCUAUCUUUCUUGGCUAACAUUAAAUAUUCUUGUACCAGAGCAUGGAAAAUUGUUUAUAAUUGUUAAUAGAAUGGCGAUUUUUUUUUUUAAGAACUUCAGAUUUGCUAUGCUGCUGUAAGUAGAAAGCAUGAAGCUUUUUGAUCAUGUAGGGCUUAUUGUAGAGGGUAUCAAUUGGCCUAACUAAGCAGGAUUGAAUUUACCAGAGGCUAAGUUCAGAUAGUAAGAAUAAUGCAUAUGUGAUUGUUCUUAAAGUCAAUGUAUUAAAUAAGAUAUUUUUCCUUUUCCCUCUUACUGGAUUUUUCAAUUUUCAAACCAUAUGGCCUAGAUAACUUUAAUUGAAAUAAUAUAGAUUUAGUUGAAUACUAUUCAGGAAGUAAUAAAUUUUAAUAUAUCACAUUGAAAUUAUGCAGUGGUGAUGAAUUUUGGUGUUUCCCCCCUCUUUCUGGUUUUACAUCAUGAGGAUCAGUUAGCUGCUGACAAGAAAAAUCAUCUUGUGUCUUUUGUAAAUUGAAUUUUUUUUUAAAUCUUUAUUAGGAACUGGAAAACAGCAAGUAUGGUUGAUUCUCAUUAUUCAAGGUAGUUAUGUUCUAUAAAGUCAUUGCGAACACUGAAUUAGCAAAUAUAGAACCUAGGGGAAAUACAAGGCUAGAUUUCUGCAAGCCACUGGUCACAUUUUCAUCAAGCAGUCAACAUGUAAAUUUCUGUUGUAAAGACACCUUAUUUAAUAUAGUCGAUUCAUUAACAUUGAAGUCAUGACCAACAACACUGUAACUCAUGCCUGAAUGAAGCUUAUCUGACACAUAAGCUUCACGAGGCACACAACAGCCUUUUUGCCCUUAGGAACAGCUUUUUGCCCUUAGCACUAUGCUUGGCAGCCAUUUUAAACCGUGAAAUCAAAAAAAGAACAGAAAUGCAAAAACCAUGGCAUUAGCGUAAAAAGGACACGUUUAUAGUAUGAAAGCUGGAACAUGGCCUUGUUCAACCUCAGCUCAGAAUAUGUGUACAGCAAGUUUUUUGCUGUACCACAAAAUUUUAGGUUAGGCAAAUUCACAAAUACGGAAUCCAUGAAUAAUGAGGAUCAACUGUACUUAACUAUAUUUUAAAGCUGUGACAUUUAUCUACCUGGUUUAUGGAAUAGAAUUUAUUGCUGAAUCAUGCUCCAGUAUUUGAGUGAUGUUUUAAAUAUCCUAUGUCUGAAAAUAAUUCCUCCUAAUUGUGUGGUAAUUUGCUUUUACUGUUUCAGCAGUAUUUCAGGUCUUUGUUCAUUCACUCAGUAAUACUGAGCACUUACCAUGUACCAGAAUUUUACUAGGCACAACCAUGAAUAAAAAUACAAUUCUCUUGCACCAUUAAA